CGCGCGUUCCGCUGGGCGGGAAACACAAAAUGGCGGCGGGGAGGGGUGGCUGGCGGUGCUCGUUGACUUCAGAUAUCUAUGCUAGCCAGCUAUUGCCAGAUGUCACCUGUACCUAAUUGGAAGUGACCUGUAACCUUCAGCUAUCACCUGUGGGAUCAUCUGUCAAGAAUCAAGUGGUUUAAAACUGUUUACAUACCCCUGGGGCUCUGUCUGGCUGCCGAGGGUGCUGUGAGCUCCUCCACCAGGAACUGCCACCAUGGAGGAGGUGGAGUCACGCUUCCUGCACCUCCUGCAGCCCAUCCGUGACCUCACCAAGAACUGGGAGGUGGAUGUAGCUGCUCAGCUCGGGGAGUACCUGGAGGAGCUGGAUCAAAUCUGCAUUUCCUUCGAUAAUGGCAAAACAACCAUGAACUUCAUUGAAGCAGCUCUGUUGAUCCAGGGUUCUGCCUGCAUCUACAGUAAGAAGGUGGAGUAUCUCUACUUGUUGGUCUACCAGACACUCGACUUCAUCUCCAAUAAAAAGCGUGAAAAACAACCCAGCUCUGUGGGGCAGGAUGGCAAAGACACCGACGCAAGCUUUAGGACUGAGGAAGAGGUGGAGUUCCUCUCCCUGGAUGACCUCAAGGACACCAGCCAGGCAAAUGUGGACAUGAAGAAGGAUCAUCAGCCCAACGCUGUGAACAUUGUUCCCUUGACUCCAAUGUGUUUGGUCCCUCCAGAAGAGGCUGAGAAGAAAAACAACCCUCUGUUCAGCCGGAAAGGGGAGAUCCUUGCCAGCCGGAAGGAUUUCUGGAUGAACACAAGCACUCCGCACGCCACUGGAGCCUUCUUGCUGGAGCUGUCAGGCCUCUCCCCCAUCUGCCUGCAGGAGCAGCAGCACAGGGAGGGCCCCAGCACAGAGGCAGCAGUACUGUCCUGCAGCCUUGACAGAGGGAAGGAGCGUGUGAGUGCUGGCAUGGCUCCCAUCCGGGUGCUGAGCUUCUCUGAAGGUAGAGGUGCUGCAGGUGAUGACAGCGGUGGAGAGGGUGACAUGCCUGGGGCCCUGGAGGAUGAUGCAGAAAUGAUUCCAGCUGCUAACACACACGUCGAGGCCCAGAUGGGCCUGCCCCAGGCGAAGAGUCGCAUGCUGCGGGAGCGAGUCCCUGCUCAGGAUCCUAAAGCCCACAUCAAGGAGAUGCUGGAUCCAUGGCAAAGCCUUGACCCUUUCAGUGACACUGAGGACAAGCCGUUCAAGAAAGGGAGGCCCUUCUUGGUGCCAUAUGGCCUGGAUGAUGUGGUCAGUGGCAAGCGGAAAAGGAAGGGAGCGAGGAAGCUCCAGGACUUCAUGAAAUGGUUCUCUGCAGCCUACAGCAAUGUCGCUGACAGCAAGAAAACCAAGAGAAAAGGGCCGACAUUCACAGACCUGGAGGUGCUGUACUGCAAGCAACUGAAGGAGCGGGCAGCGGCACAGAAGCACCUGCAGCGCCGAGGAGGGCUGCUGCUGUGCGAGGAGCUGGACCUGCUGGAGGAAGAACGCAGAGCUGACUGCGACGAAGGAGCAGAUGACUCCGUGGAGUACAACGACAUCCUGCCUGAGGCCCUGGAGGAGUUGAGGGAAGAAGCCCUAGGUGCCCCUGACCUGGGCUUGCUGGGCUACGAGGAGCUGGUGCACAGGAAUGUGGAGCUGUUCAUUGCUGACUCCCAGAAGUACGCACAGGAGACGGAGCUGUCCCAGAACAUCCGCUGCUGGGAGGAGAGGAUGGGGCCACUGUUGCAAGAACAGGAGGAGCAAGCCGCCUUUGACAUCCACAGCUACGGGGACAUGCUAGGGAACAGGUGUGGAGCCCUGGGCGAGUGGCAGUCCUUCGCCAGCCUGGUGGCAGGGCAGCCUGCCUUCGAGGUGUGCCGCUACAUGCUGGCCUCACUCCAGCUGGCCAAUGACUACGUAGUGGAGCUGGCGCAGGGCCCAGGGCUGGAGCAGGCAGUGGACACCAUGCAGCUGCGGCUCCUCACCUACCAGCGAGCACACGAUCGCUUCCACACCUUCCAGCCCCCCUCCGCCUGCCCCUGAGCAAGGGUCUCCCCUGAACAUACCCUCCCCCACACCCUUGACAAUAAACCCAGGGGCUGGUAAA